AAUGGGUGUCUGACCUAAACACUCCUCACGCUUUAAAAGACAUUUCCUCCCACACGCUCUCUCCCUGCAUCUCUGCUUUUUGACUCACCGAAAAGGAGCCGAGCUGGAGCCUGAGCUGUGAAUGGUGAGAACAGAUAAGAAGCUGGCUGGGAGAGGAGUGACGGAGCUGCUGGAGACGCUGCAGUGACAGAAGAGAGAGAAGCAUCCUUUAUUUGGCUUUGGGGGAGUUGGGGGAUCAUCACAAGUUACCUGCAGAUGAGAGAUUAAUUACGCUAAUACAGAUCUUUCACCACAACAAAGACUUGAAUUUAGUCUGAGAUCCAAACCGAGUUAUUUAAUACAUCUCACGUCAUGGGCACACAAAGCCUUCUGGGCUGCCUUCUUCUGAUUACUCUGCUUAGCUUGUCGAACGCCGGGCUCAUCAAGAAAAUCCUGCGGCAACGCCGCCAGACUCUGUCGCCCCUUAAAGAACGUAAUAUCACCCUAGCCGGUGCGGGCCACCCCGUGGUUUUCAGCCAUGUCUACAACAUCAAUGUUCCCGCCAGCUCGCUGUGCUCGGUGGAUCUGGAAGCCCCCGGGAGCACGCAGCUCUACCCCAAAGACGCGACGGGAGCCUCCUCAGGCCACCAGGUCACCGAACACACACUGGACGGGGAGAACCAGAUCGUCUUCACCCAUCGCAUCAACAUCCCCAGGCUGGCCUGCGGCUGCACCGAUGACCUGCCCGGCCUGAAGGACCUCAUAAGCCGGCUGGAGAUGCUUGAAGGCGAAGUUUCGACUCUGAGAGAUCAGUGCAGCAGCAGCGAGGGGACCUGCUGCAGCGCUCAGCUCACAGGUGAACUGGGAACAAAACCUUACUGCAACGGUCAUGGAAACUACAGCGUGGAAACCUGCGGCUGCCUGUGUGAGCCCGGCUGGAGAGGGCCCAACUGCUCCGAGCUCGAGUGUCCGGGCGGCUGCCGGGGCCGCGGCCGCUGCGUGGACGGGAAGUGCGAGUGUUUCAAAGGCUUCGCCGGCACAGACUGCGACCUGGAGGCCUGCCCGCUGACCUGCGGCGCCCGCGGCCGCUGCGAGGCCGGCGUCUGCGUCUGCUCGGACGGCUUCUCCGGCCACGACUGCUCCCAGAGCCGGUGCCCCAGCGGCUGCCUGGGCCGAGGCCGCUGCGAGGACGGAGACUGCGUGUGCGAGGAACCCUGGACGGGCCUGGACUGCUCCGAGCUCAUCUGCCCCAACGACUGCUACGACCGCGGGCGCUGCGUGAACGGCACCUGCUUCUGCGACCAGGGCUUCGGCGGGGAGGACUGCGGGCGGGACAGCUGCCCCGCCAACUGCCACGGCAACGGCUUCUGCGUGGACGGGAAGUGCGUCUGCACCGCCGGGUACGGCGGCGAGGACUGCUCUGGCCUCACCUGCCUGAAAGACUGUAAUGAGAGAGGGACGUGUUUCAAUGGGAUGUGCAUCUGCGACUCGGGCUACCAAGGUGAGGACUGCAGUCAGCUGGCGUGUCCCAACAACUGCAACAGCCGGGGCCAGUGCAUAAACGGACAGUGUUCCUGCGAUGUUGGCUUCCAGGGCGACGACUGCUCUGAGCUCUCCUGUCCCAACGACUGCCGGCGGAGGGGCCGCUGCCUCAACGGUCAGUGCGUGUGCGACGAGGGCUUCACCGGGGAGGACUGCAGCGUCCGGACCUGCCCCUCUAGCUGCUACGGCCGCGGAGACUGCGUCGAAGGCCGCUGCGCGUGCCACGCCGGCUUCACCGGCGAGGACUGCGGCCAACUGAGCUGCCCCAGCAACUGCAGGAGCCGCGGCCGGUGCGUGGACGGCCAGUGCGUUUGCGACGAGGGCUUCACCGGGGAGGACUGCGGUCAGAGGGCCUGUCCCAACGACUGCAUGGCCAGGGGCUCCUGCGACGACGGGAAGUGCGUCUGUCGGGAGGGCUACAAAGGGGACGACUGCUCCGUGAUGGCUUGCCCGGACAACUGCAACAGCAGGGGACGCUGCAUCAACGGGAUGUGCGCGUGCGAGGGCGGGUACGAGGGAGAGAGCUGCGCCGACCUGAGCUGCUUCAACAACUGCCAGGACAAAGGCCGCUGCGUGGAUGGUCAGUGCGUCUGUGACGAGGGCUACAUCGGAGAGGACUGCUCAGUGGUGUCUCCUCCAAAGGACCUGACGGUGGGCGAGGUCACCCCCGACACCGUGGACGUCUCCUGGAGCAAUGAGAUGCUGGUUACAGAGUACCUUGUCACGUACGUGCCCACCAGUCCCGGAGGUCUUCUUCUAGAGUUCACUGUGCCCGGAGACCAGGCCUCAGCCACUGUCAAAGAGCUAGAACCUGGUAUUGAGUACCUGAUCAGUGUGUAUGCCGUCCUGAGCAAUAAGAGGAGCAUCCCCGUCAGCGCCAGAGUGGCCACAGAUCUCCCGGCGCCUGAAGGUUUAAGAUUCAAAUCAGUGAGAGAGACCUCGGUAGAGGUCAUGUGGGACCAGCUGGACAUCUCCUUUGAUGGAUGGGAGAUUUAUUUUCGCAACACGAAAGAAGAAAACGGUAAAGUGGUAAGCACCCUUCCCUCCUCUCAAAACCAAUUCCUCCAGUCAGGCCUUGGACCAGGACAGGAGUAUGAGGUCUCAAUCAACAUCAUCAAGAACAACACUAGAGGACCCCAAACGUCCAGGAAAGUCAGCACAAAGACGGAGGGCCCGCGGCAGGUUGAUGUGAAGGACGUCACAGACUCAUCGGCUCUGAUCAGCUGGUAUUUGCCGGUGGCACCAGUCGACAGAGUCACUGUCUUUUACAUGCCCAGCUCCAGCCCUUCAGAAAAAACCACUGUGAAUAUUUCCCCUACUGACAAGCAGUACAGCGUAGACAACCUGAGACCAGACACUGAGUACACAGUGUCACUCGUGUCCAGGAGUGGAGAUGUCACCAGUGACCCUGUCACCGCUACAUUUACUACAGCACUGGAUGCUCCCAAAGACCUGCGGGCUGUCUCCCAGACAGACGACAGCAUCACUCUGGAGUGGACCAACAGUCAAGCCGAUGUGGGCAGCUAUCGAGUGAAAUACAGCCCCAUCUCUGGAGCCAUUCACGGAGAAGAAGUGUUCCCACAGGGCCCGGGAGAGACCUCACAAGCUACUAUCACCGGCCUGAAGCCCGGGACAGAGUACGGGGUCGGAGUGACAGCCAUGAAAAAUGAGAGGGAGAGCCUCCCGGCUACUGCAAAUGCUGCAACCGAUCUUGACCCCCCCAGAGGUUUUGAAGAGGUCAAGUCCACAGAGACGUCUCUCACGGUGAGGUGGCAGAAGCCUCAGGCCAAAGUGGGUGGAUACAGGUUAGCGUACAUCUCCAUGGACGGCCGGGCAGAAGAGGUGGAGAUCCCGCCCACAGCCACCUCCUAUGUUUUGUCCAACCUGACCCCUGGGAUGAGCUACAGCCUGAGCUUAACGGCAGAGAGAGGACGCAGGAGGAGCAGACUCAUCUCACUGUCUGCAUCCACAGCCUCUUUCACUUUUUAUAUAGCUGACUCAGACGACCGCAAGCUAGCAACUCCUACCGUCUCAGAGGACAAUGUCAUUAGCUUUGUGUACUUAGAGCCGUCUGAGUCCCAGUUUUCUGGGACAGAGCCCAAGGAUGAGCAUGGAUCGCUGACCAUCUCAGGCAUCACGCCUGACGGAUUUGACCUCACUUGGAAGCUAAAGCCUCAGGAUGCGUAUGAUAACUUUGCAAUAGAAUAUAAAGACACUCAGCGGUUGUGGGAUGUGGGACAGGUCCAACUUCCUGGAGAUGCUCAUGGCUCUAGAAUCAGUGGCCUGAAGGCAUCAACAGAAUAUCAAAUAAAACUUUUCGGAUUAAAGAAUAGCCAGCGAUCUGAGCUACUUGAAGCUGUUGCAGCCACAGCACCUAAGCCUACCUCUCCAGAUGUACUGGCGCUGAGCGUCAAAGAGGCCCCAGAGUCUGUUGUGGAGAAUGAAAGCCUUGAUCCCCUCCAGUCUCUUAGCUCCGAAGCUCCAUCUGAAACUGUGAUGAGCUCCGGGGCCGAGCCUGAGAGCUCAGGCAUGGAUCUGCCGGGCGACCUCACAGUCAGUGUGACCGCCACCAGUGUUAGGCUGACUUGGUCAGCGCCCGACGAGGCAUUCGACCAGUUUUUGGUGGAAGUUCGUGCUCCAUCGGUGGCAGCACAGCCUCAAGUGAUCGUACUACCAGGAAGUGUACGGACAGCUGACAUAGAGGGUCUGAGCCCUUCCACUCACUAUGAUAUAACAUUGCAAGCAAUGGUGGGAGGGAGGCAGUCUUUACCUCUAAAAGUUUUUGCUGCUACAGCAGCGGAGCUGAAGCCAGCAGUGGCUAACCUCACCAUCUCUGACAUUUCAUGGGAUGGGUUCACUGCAUCCUGGAGCCCCACAGGUGGGGACUUUGACAGCUUUAUCAUUGAGGUAACAAACAUGGAGAAUUUUGCCGAGAGCCAGAACCUCACUCUGUCCGGAGACGCUUUGAGCCUGGGCAUCUCUGGGCUGAACCCCAACACCAGCUACAUGGUUGGCUUGUAUGGGAUGUAUCAGGGCGACUUCAUUGAACCUCUGUACAGGGAAGCAACCACAGUGAAUCAACCACUGGUUGGCAAACUAUAUAUCUCAAACUUUACAUCAGAGAGCUUUUCCAUCUUCUGGAAUGGCACUGAAGAACAGUUUGAUGGUUUUAUCUUGGAGAUAAUUGACUCUGAUUGGCUGAUGGAGCCAAAGGAAUUUAACAUAUCUCACAAUGUAAGGUCACAUGAUGUCACGGGGCUCAGGCCCAGCACUGAUUACAUAGCCUACCUCUAUGGGACAUUCAAGGGAUCUCGAACUCGGGCUGUCAGUACUGUUGCAUCAACAGCGGAAGAGCCUGUUUUGUCGAAGCUAGUUGUGUCUAACAUUACCUCAGACAGAUUCUCUCUGUCGUGGCGAACAAGAGAGAAGGAAUUUGAAAAGUUUAUAGUAGAGGUCAGAGAGUCUGCUUUGCCCUCGCAGGCAGUGGGGCGCACGCUUCCAGGAGACGUGCGCUCCACAGUAAUGACUGGGCUCAAAUCGAGCACAAACUACGACAUAAAGCUUUACGCCAGUGAUGGUGGUCAGAACACGCAACCUCUGUUUGCCGUUGCUACAACAGAGGAUGUCCCACAGUUGGGGCCCAUAACUGCUUCUUCUGUGAGCCCACAAAACCUCAGCUUGUCCUGGAGCACAGUGUCAGGCCACUUUGAUGGCUUUGUUGUCCGGGUCGGUGACUCUGAGCAGCAGUCUGACACACUGGAGUUCAGACUGCCGGGUGAAGUCGGUAACAUAACCGUCUCUAACCUGAUGGAUGACACAGGCUAUGAAAUUGAAGUGUAUGGUAUUUCACACGGGCGCCGCACUCCUUCUGUGUUAGCCCACGCUGUCACAGCUCCUUUGCCCAAAGUGGAAAACUUGACCAUUUCCAACGUUACCCCCUACGGUUUCCGGGUGUCGUGGGCGGUGAGGCAGCAGCAGCAGCAGGAGGAACUACCUCCCUCUAGUACCGGCUUCAGACACUUUCGCAUAAUGGUGACAGACUCUGGAUGGCUGUUGGAGCCUCAAGAGUUCACGGUGCCAGGAAAUGAAAGCCACCUGGACAUCUGGGGCCUCAUCACCGGCAUAGGCUAUGAGGUCAGGCUGACCGGGGUGUCAGAGUCAGGGCUUCUCUCUCGGCCUCUGACUACAGUGGCUGUGACAGAGGCUGAGCCGGAAGUGGAGCAUCUCUUCAUCUCUGAUAUCACAGCCGACAGCUUCCGUCUGUCGUGGGCAGCUGACGAAGAUCUGUUUGACAGAUUUGCGAUCAAAAUAAGAGACAGCAAAAGAUUAGCUCAUCCCCAAGAGUACAGCGUCCGCGGCGACGAGCGUACCAGGGUUGUAACGGGCCUCAUGGCUGGUACUGAGUAUGAAAUCGAGCUUUAUGGUGUCUCUUUGGACCAACGCUCUCAACCUAUAACAGGGGUUGCUCAUACAGCCCUGAGCACUCCGAAAGGCCUCAGCUUCUCUGACGUGACUGACUCCACCGCUGUUGUUCACUGGUCCAUGCCGCGCUCUCCGGUGGACAACUACCGCAUCACCUAUGUUCCAUUUGAAGGAGGAAGCCCAUUGAUCGUGACUGCCGAUGGCACCGUGUCUGAGGCUUUACUCGUCAAUAUGGUUCCUGGAAAGACCUACCAAGUAACUGUCAGCGCUCUGAAGGGUCUGGAGGAAAGUGAGCCGAGCACAGACACUGUAACCACAGCUUUGGACAGCCCGCAGGGUCUGACUGCCAUCAAUGUCACCGACACGUCCGCUCUGUUGCUGUGGCAACCAUCUGUGGCCACUGUGGAUGGCUACAUCAUCACCUUUAAGGCUGAUUCAGUGGCCCCAGUGGUGGAGCAUGUCUCUGGAAACAUUGUGGAGUUUCAGAUGAAGUCCCUCGUCCCGGGAACACACUAUGCAGUUGGAGUUCAUGGUAUGAAGGAUGCUAAGAAAAGUUCCUCCGCUCAGACUGAAUUUACCACAGACGUGGAUCCCCCUCGAGACCUGACGGCCAUUAACAUUCAGACAGACAGCGCAACUCUGACAUGGAAACCCCCUCACGCGGCAGUCACUGGUUACACGCUCACCUUCUCAUCUGCCGAUGGUGUUAUCAGGGAGGUGAUUCUGAGCCCGACAGCAUCCUCUUACAGCAUGUCUCAGCUCACUGGAUCCACAGAGUACAACGUCAAACUGCGGGCUAUAGCUGGACCUCAGAGGAGCCGUUAUGUGACCACCGUCUUUUCCACCAUUGGACAUUUGUACAGCCGCCCCCAGGACUGCGCUCAGAUUUUACUGAAUGGAGAGACGACCUCUGGCCUGUACACCAUCUAUAUCGGAGGAGAGGAGAGCCAGGCCAUCCAGGUUUACUGCGACAUGACCACAGAUGGUGGAGGAUGGAUGGUCUUCCUCAGACGCCAAAACGGAAAGCUGGAGUUCUUCAGGAACUGGAAGAACUACACCACUGGCUUUGGUAACAUGAACGAUGAGUUCUGGCUGGGUCUCUCCUACCUCCAUAAAAUCACAAAUUUGGGACAUUAUGAGCUGCGAGUGGACUUGAGAGACAACGGGGAAUCGGCCUACGCUCAGUACGACAAGUUCACGAUUGCAGAACCAAGAACACGUUUUAAACUCUACAUAGGAGCAUACAGUGGAACUGCAGGUGACUCCAUGACCUACCACCAGGGUCGGCCCUUCUCCACCUACGAUAACGACAACGAUAUUGCUGUGACAAACUGCGCCUUGUCUUACAAAGGGGCCUUUUGGUAUAAAAACUGUCAUCGUGUCAACCUGAUGGGGAAAUAUGGUGACAGCAGUCAUAGUAAGGGAAUCAACUGGUUUCACUGGAAGGGCCAUGAGCACUCAAUUGAAUUUGCAGAGAUGAAGAUCAGGCCAGCCAACUUCAGAAAUUUCGAGAGUCGAAAGAAGAGAUCGUAGACUUGUGAGCCCCCUUCCCUCCUGCACUUCAUCUCCACCCUUCAUCACCUCCCUCUUUUUUGAAUCACUCUCUAAAACACAUACCAACCAGUACAGUUUCAAUUAAUGGAAUUCAGUUCUGGCAUUCUGGCACACCAAAGAACUAAUAAGAAUAAGCUGUGGAUUUCUAGCUGUUCCCAUAUGGCACUGCUGUGUGAGUUUUUCCCCAAAAGUAGUUGACUUUUUCUUUCUUUUUUUGAGCUGUGUGAAUGGCCAAUCAUGUUUUUUCUAAGGGACCAAACACCUGGAUUAGUCUGUAAACUGUGGAAAAGAAUCGACCGAAACAUCCUCUUCGGUAUGUCAUUGGAUUUGUUUGUUGAAUUAGAUCGUAAUUUAAUUAUUGAUGACGAAAGAUUCAGAUCAAAAGAUAAAUCUUAUCUGUCUGUACAACCAUCUACCGACACAAGUGUUCAUAUUUAAAUUCUGAUUUGCUUAUUUUGAUGAAAAAGAAUACAUCUGGUGCUGUAUAAUCACUCAUUACAAAUAAAAAUGUUUAAAAGAAAGUGUGUGAGUGCUUCUAUCAGUGUGUGGUUCAUGUCCACACCAGUAGAUGACACUGUUUACUAUUUCUGUAUUUCAAUGCUACUUCCUAUUCAGGGCAUUUAAAAAAAAAAACAUUUUAGUUUGAUCAUUU